AUGGUGAGGAUUAGGAGAGAAUUUGUGAGUGCUGGACGCACUUUCAGACUUAGAGAUGAAGAGGAUGAAGACGUUCAAGUUGUGGAACCUCCUGCCAAAUCACCCAAGAAGGGAUCUGGAACUCGUGGGGGAAAAAAGAGGAAGCAGACUACUCGAACUAGAGAGCAAUCUGGUGAACCAUCUGUUGAACAUCAAACUGAAGAGCAUCUAGUCAGUGGCAGUGAAGAGGAACUGGAGCAGCCCACCAAUGCUAAUGCAUCUGUCAUGAAAUCACCCAGGAAGGGAAAAAAGACCACUAAAUGGAAGAGGAAGUCACCAAGGACAAGGUCUGGUGUCCAGGAUACUAUGCCAACUGCUCAACGCAGUGGAGAGAAAAAGCAUCCUGCAAAUAAGCAACCUAAGACUCAAACUGCAGAGCAACCUACCCCCUUGCCAAAGUUCAUUGAUGAUGAUGCCAGGGAUAGAAAGUCAGCUACUAAGUUCUGUUCAUCCAACUCUGAGGUCAUUUCUUUGUUUGAGGAUCUCAGACAACACAUCAUACUCCUUGAAGAUGGUCUGAUGAUGACCAUGUCAUCCGAACAACAAGCCACCUUCAUCGAAAAAAGAAAUCUGCUGGUGCCCCCCACUCCUCAAGACAAUGAAAAUGCGCACCAAAAGGAGCCGAGAUCUGAGCCAACUACUGAAACCACUCCAGAAUACCGUGCCUCCAGUUCUCAGCCACAGGACAAGGGAAAGGCUCCAGCAAUUGAAGAAGAAACUGAUGAUGAUGAUGAUGAGGACACUGAAGAGGAAGAAGAUCCUGCUCAGUUUCGUCUGGCAAGAAGAAGGCCUGGAUCCUCCAAGAUCACCAUUUAG